UUUAAAUUUUUCAGAUUCUUUGCAUGAAUUUUUGUUAUAGUUUGAUUCAUUUUUGCUUCGCUUAUUUGCGCUUUUUGCCAUGUUUCAUUUUUGAAGUAACAUUACCAACGGGUUUACCAAUUAUGAAAAAUAAAAAAUAACCCAUGAAAAAAAUUCCUAUAGAAGAAACAAAAAUUCUCCCUGAAGAAAAAAAUGAAAGUAUCCAACCCACCGAUCGAAGAACAGUACCCCACAAAAGAUGAAAAUCCUCUCCUAAUAUUAAUCACCGGAGGAGCAGCAUCUGGAAAAACUACUUUUACUCAACAAUUAAGAGAAUAUUUAGAGCAAAAUCAGCAAAAAGCUUUAAUUCUUCCCUUUGAUAAUUACUACGCUUACAGUCCCCUCCUUUUCCAGUCCCGCAACCCCAUUUUACAUGAAAUAUUUCUGUGGGAAGAAUUAAAUAAAGAUUUAGAAGCCCUUUUAGCCGGGAAAAGUAUCUAUUUGCCUAUUUAUGAAAACUCAAGAGAAAGAAAAUUCGCUCGUUCAAUAACUUUAAUUAAUAGUUCUCCAAUAAUUAUAAUAGAAGGAAUGCUAUCCUUUUUCAAUAAAGAAAUAAGAGAAAAAUCUCCCUUAAAAAUUUAUUUAGAAGUAUCAGAAAAAACAAGACUAGAAAGAAGAUUAGCCAGAUACAAAAAAGGUUUAGAGGAAGGAAAAUUCACUAAACCAGUUGAAUAUGAAAUAGAAAGAUUUUAUAAAGGUAAACCAAAAGAAAAUCAAGAAACUUAUGUGGAGCCAGUUAAAACAUAUGCUGAUUUAGUGAUUAAUUAUGAUAUUUAUGAGAGGAAGGUGGAAAAAGUUAUUGGAGAGAUAAGGGAAAAAUUGAAAUAAAAAGAAAAAGAUUAGAAUGAAUAUUCAAAAGACAAAAUCGACCUUCAAUCACUCUUUCGGAUGAAAGAAAUUACAAAAAAAAUUCUCUUCAUAAUGUGGAAGAUGAGUUAGAUGAAAUGGCCGCCAUCCAAGCUGUUGAAGUUAGAAAUAAACUAUCCUGAAAAACUCUUCAAAAAAUCUUAAACCAGCAAAGGUACCUAAGUUCGUAAUCCACGGGAUACUUUUCGCCUAGCCACUCAAUGAGGAUACAUUGAUGACCCCAACCUUGAUUUGAUUUUAGGAGAGAGAGAAAUUUGGCCACCCAUACUUAUAGGGAAGAAAUUUUAAAUGAAAUAUAUAAGAUAUAAUAUCUUUCCUAAAUUUAUCCAAGAAUUUGAUAACUUAAUUAAUAAUUUAUGUGAGAAACUAAAAUAGCAUGUUGCAAAUAGAAGUCAAACUUUACAGCAAAUUUUUUCUAAAUACCCCUAUAAUUUUACGCU